UUCAAGAAGCCCUCUGGUGAGGAGAGAGAGACUGUGAGCACAACAGGAAGAAGCCAUAGACCCAAUAGCAAAGGUUGAGUUUUCCUAUCGUAAGCACACUUCUUUUUCCAUACGCCCUCUCUCUGAAAGCUGCUGACAGAGCUUUGGCAAAGACUCAUCCUCCCGCUCCCUGAUAAGCUAAGCCCUACUUUAUAUUUAACUCACUCCUGAGCAGGAGGGGUGGGGUGGGGAUGCCUCGUUUAUAAGGGGAGCUGUGACAGUCUUCUUCCUCCAGCUCAGCCUGUCUUCUGGAGCCCUUAUCCCACCCCCUGGUUUCCGCCUUCAUCCUUCAGUGGCCGGUGGGGAACGUGAGGGGAGAGGAAAGAACCAAGGCUGUCAGUGAGGGGUGUGGGAAAAAGGAACACAGGCUGCCAAGCCAGGGAAUUCCUAACAAUUUAAAAAGGAAGUCAGCUGACGUUAGUUAGUUAAAUUUAACAUCCUUUUAUGUGCAAUAUUUGACUUUGGAAACAAAAAUGAACUUUGCGGAGGAAGAGGCCUCCAAGAGAUACUGCAUUAAAACGAAACAUGUGGCUAUUAUCUGUGCGGUGGUGGUGGGGGUAGGAUUAAUAGUAGGACUUUCCGUGGGCUUGACCAGGUCGAAUCACUCCACCGGGGACGCUGGGCAGGGCACAGCUCCGGCUCCUUCCCACUCUCCUUCCACCGAGAGCCCGCCACAGGACCAGGGGGUCUGCCCUGCCAGCGAAGAUGAAAGUGGAGACUGGAAAAACUUCAGGCUGCCGGACUUCAUCAACCCAGUGCACUACGACCUGCAGGUGAAGCCCCUGCUGGAGGAGGACACGUACACAGGCAGCGUGACCAUCUCCAUCAACGUGAGCGCGCCCACCCGGCACCUGUGGCUGCACCUGCGGGAGACCAGGCUCACCCAGCUCCCGCAGCUGAGGAGGCCCUCGGGGGAGCAGGUGCAAGUCAGGCGGUGCUUCGAGUACAAAAAGCAGGAGUACGUGGUGGUGGAGGCGGGAGAGGAGCUUGCCCCCAGCAGUGGCCAGGAUGUCUACCUCCUGACCAUGGAGUUCGCUGGCUGGCUGAACGGCUCGCUCGUGGGGUUUUACAGAACGACUUACGUGGAGAACGGACAGAUCAAGAGCAUAGCAGCCACUGAUCAUGAACCAACAGAUGCCAGGAAAUCCUUCCCUUGUUUUGAUGAGCCCAACAAAAAGGCAACCUAUACGAUAUCCAUCAUCCACCCCAAAGAAUAUAAGGCAAUUUCAAAUAUGCCAGUGGAGAAAGAAGAGUCAGUGGACGAUAAAUGGAAUAGAACAACUUUCAAGAAGUCCGUCCCUAUGAGCACCUACCUGGUGUGCUUUGCUGUACAUCAAUUUGACCGUGUUGACAGAAUAUCUAAAAGGGGAGUACCUCUCACUAUAUAUGUCCAGCCAGAGCAAAAGCACACAGCUGAAUAUGCUGCAACCAUAACUAAAAUUGUGUUUGAUUAUUUUGAAGAAUACUUUGCUAUGGAUUAUGCUCUUCCUAAAUUAGAUGAAAUCGCUAUUCCAGACUUCGGCACCGGGGCUAUGGAGAACUGGGGACUAAUCACUUACAGAGAAACAAAUUUGCUUUAUGACCCUCAGGAAUCAGCUUCAUCAAACCGGCAGAGGGUGGCCAGUGUGGUUGCCCAUGAACUUGUGCAUCAGUGGUUUGGAAAUAUUGUGACCAUGGAAUGGUGGGAAGACUUGUGGCUGAAUGAAGGCUUUGCUUCCUUCUUUGAGUUCCUGGGAGUAAACCAAGCAGAAAAAGAGUGGCAAAUGAGAGAUCAGAUGUUACUUGAAGACGUGUUACCUGUACAAGAGGACGAUUCUUUGAUGUCUUCGCACCCCAUUGUUGUCACUGUGACAACUCCUGCUGAAAUAACAUCUGUCUUUGAUGGAAUAUCCUAUAGCAAGGGCGUUUCCAUUCUGAGGAUGCUUGAAGACUGGAUAACCCCAGAGAAGUUUCAAAAAGGAUGUCAGAUUUACUUGAAAAAACACAAAUUUGGGAAUGCAAAAACUGAGCAUUUUUGGAGAGCACUUGAAGAGGCAAGUAAUUUACCAGUGAAAGAAGUAAUGGAUACGUGGACCAAACAGAUGGGUUAUCCUGUACUUAAUGUGAAAGAUAUGAGGAACAUCACACAGAAACGUUUUCUGUUGGACCCAAAAGCGAAUUCUUCUGAGCCACAUUCAGCUCUUGGUUACACAUGGAAUAUUCCAGUUAAAUGGACUGAAGAUAAUGUAUCAAGUAUUACAUUCUACAACAGGUCAGAAACAGGAGGAAUCACUUUGAACUCUUCUAAUCCUGCUGGAAAUGUUUUUCUCAAAAUAAACCCAGAUCACAUUGGGUUUUAUCGUGUAAAUUAUGAAGUACCAACUUGGGAAUGGAUAGCUACCAAUCUUUCCUUCAACCACAAGGGGUUUUCUUCUGCUGACCGCGCAAGUCUUAUCGAUGAUGCUUUUGCCUUGGCAAGAGCUCAACUUCUAGAUUAUAAGAUGGCUCUAAACUUGACCAAGUAUCUCAGAAAGGAAGAAGAUUUUUUACCAUGGCAGAGAGCAAUUUCAGCCGUAACCUAUAUCAUUAGCAUGUUUGAAGAUGAUAAAGAGCUUUACCCUGUGAUUGAGGAAUACUUCCAGAGUCAAGUGAAGCCCAUUGCAGAUUUUCUGGGAUGGAAUGAUGUCGGAGACCACCUUACAAAGUUACUACGUGCUUCCGUAUUAGGGCUUGCGUGCAAGAUGGGAGAUCGAGAAGCUUUGGACAAUGCUACCCAAUUAUUUCAGCAGUGGCUGAGUGGGACUGUAAGGCUUCCUGUAAACCUCAGGCUUCUGGUAUAUCGGUAUGGAAUGCAGAACUCUGGUAAUGAGACUUCAUGGAACUAUACUCUUGAUCAAUACCAGAAAACUUCAUUAGCUCAGGAAAAAGAAAAACUACUGUAUGGAUUAGCAUCAGUGAAGAAUGUUACUCUUCUGUCCAGAUAUUUGGAUUUUCUCAAGGACCCAAAUCUUAUUAAAACUCAGGAUGUGUUUACAGUCAUCCGAUAUAUCUCAUAUAACAGCUAUGGGAAGACCAUGGCCUGGAAUUGGAUUCAACUCAACUGGGACUAUCUAGUCAACAGAUAUACACUCAAUGACAGAAACCUUGGCAGAAUUGUCACCAUAGCAGAACCAUUCAACACCGAACUGCAGCUCUGGCAGAUGGAAAGCUUUUUCAAAAAAUAUCCAGAAGCUGGAGCGGGAGAAAAACCUAGGCAGCAAGUGCUGGAAACAGUGAAGAACAAUAUUGAGUGGUUAAAACAAAAUAGAAACACCAUAAGACAAUGGUUUUUGGAUUUACCUAAGAAUGGUUAAUGUGUUCAAAUAUCAUGUUUUAAUUUUGUGAAUCUAUUGUUUCUCCUGUUAAACAUUUGGUGGCCUAAUUUAGAAGCACCAUGGAGGGAGUCUUAUACCCAGAUACUGCUUUUGCUAAGUAGUGUGUUUAUAUGUCUUGCAAAACUUUUAAAUUGUUCUUCUUUGUUUAUGAAGGAAGAUACUAAUAGAGUAGUUAAUGUACUCAGGGAUUUCUUCUAAGUGUACUUCAUAGGAGAUUCUUUGCAAACUGAAGAGAAUUUAAUAGCCAUUUUAAUGUCUUUAAAUAUCAUUCUCUAUAUCUUAAAUCUGUGAAAAUAGAACAAUUUGGUCUUAGCUUUACAUUUUUAGUACCAAAGAAACACCACUUAAUCUUCUCUCUUGAUUGAUUUUUAAAGUUUAAAUACCAGUACUUGAGAGACCAAAAUUACCAUCUUAAUCUUUAUUUUAUUAUUCAGAAUUACACAUAUCUAAUAUCAUUAUAUUCACAUGUGUCCUACUCCUUUAAAUCCUCAAAAGUAACCCAGGUUUAAAUUUUACUCAAGGAUUGCAUGAAUUAGCCAAAUAAAUGGCUUUUGCCUUCACUACAAAAUCAACAAGUGAACUCUCUUUGCCUUUUUAAAAUAAAUCUGAAUGAUUAACUUGAAAAAAAUAUAUUGUUUUCCAGUGUCACUUUACUCUCGAAUAAUAAUGACUGCAGCGUUCCCCAAAUAAUUUAGCAUGAGGCAAAUAUGAUUCAAGAACCUAGCCUUUUUCAUGCUUGGUACUCUGUCAUCCUGUUCCAUUCCCUACAAAGCUCCUUCAAAUAUGCUAUGAAAUUAGAGGGAAGAUAGUGCUUAACUUUGCUCCAUGGAUUUUAGAGGAAAAAGGCUAAAUAAUUGGAAACUGGUCAGGAAAGAGAGAAGGCUGAUUAUUCCAUAAAACUAAAUGGAAUUAGAAUUUAGCUUUGAUCUAACCUAGCAAUCUAAGUGUGAAAAUGAGGAAACCCAUGUAUGUCUCCAGCAUGACUCUGCAUAUCUGAGGAUAUUUCUUCUUAUAGACAACUUUUAUGUAUAAGCCCUUAGAUCCUAAUCCAUACAGAAUAGCACCGAUCAAAUUUAUGUUCGUGACUUGAUUAAAGACAUCAAUUUUGUAGAAGCCGGUGGCAAGAAUAUGUUUAAUAUGGCACUUGGUGCCUAGUGGACCCACAAUGUAAGUCCAAUAGGCAGAAAAGAAGGUAAAUGACUAUGUUCCAGUCUGCUAUAUCUAGAAAAUCUAAAUUUAUUUGGAACCUUCAGAAGUAUAAAAUAAUUUAAGAUUGGUCUGAUGAUAAUUCAAGCAUAUAAGAACAAUGAAAAUCUUAGCUUUGACUUUACUUACAUAAUAAUGUGCCUCCAUUAAUACUCCCAAAUUUUGUAAACUUUCCUACUGCUCUUUCAUAAUUAUUGCUUCUCAAUCUACGCAGCUAAACUGGCAAAUUCAAAUGUGGCCUGGGGGAAAAAGAUUUAAAAAAAAAAAGAAAUUUCCAGACCAGAACUUUAAAAAUAUUUAAAGAAGAAGAAAAGAAGAAAAGACACAUUAACACCAUAAAUCAUCAGGAAAGUCCCACUAUCCGCAUGAGGCUUAACACCCUAACUACAGAUUAAUCAUAAUCAAAACCAGCAGUUCAAGUCUAUGUAUUGUUUCAAGUGGACAAAUAAGGAGUGGAAUGGUUUAUCCUCCUGCUUUAUGUAAUAAAUUAUUUUUUAAAGAAAAAUGUAAGUUUGAGGGCGAUGGUAAAUAAAGAAAUUCCAACUUGC